AUGGCAAGACUAAAAACUCUAAGAAUGAAGGAGUCAGAAUCUGUUGAAGAAUAUUUCAAUCAUGUCAUUUCUUUAUUCAACCAACUGAGAAUUAAUGGAGAUAAAAUUGAAGAUCAGAGAGUUGCUGAAAAAAUUCUUCGAAGUCAAAAUAUCCUUCUUGAUGAGGCCCCAAGCUGGCUGGAAAAUAUCCAUCUUGAUGAUAUCCUUGGGAUCGCUACACCCUGCAUGAUACCUGCUGCUGCUUAG